AUGGCGGCGGUCAAUGAGAACUCUUGCGUCCCGGCGUUCUAUUCAGAAAAAGACAAAGAACGCGUGAACUCCGCCAUGUCGGAAACAGAAAAAUUAAUAGAAUUAGUUCGAGAAAGACGUUUGUUAUAUGAUUUAAGCAAUAAUGAUUAUAAAAAUCGUGAGAAGAAAUCAGAAGCUUGGGCUGAAAUCGCAAGAGAGAUGGGAAUUAAGGAUGGUAAACACUGGAGUAUUAAAUGGAAAAAUCUCAAGGACAACUAUAAUAAGUUCCAGAAAAACACUCAAACUCAAUCAGGUCAAGGAUAUAAAAAGUACAAAAACUGGCCCUGGGCAGAUCUAAUGCGGUUUCUGGAUAAUUUUAAGUUCAGAAGAAUAACCGAAACUAAUACCAUUUGUCAGAGUAAAGAAACGAAUCGUGACGAUUCUCAAUCGUUAAUCAUAGAAGACUUAAAUUCCAUACAUAGCGAAUCGGAAGUUCGUGAGGUUUCGCCGGAAACUAAUACCCCUCGCGCCGCAAAUAAAAAAAAAGCGAAGAAUACUACCCCAGACUCGAGUGAUAAGCUACGCUCAAAGUUUUAAAAAGUUUCCAGAGCGCAAGCUAUGUUAAAAUUAGAUAUAGCAACUUUAUUUCCUCGGUAUGAGUUGCAAGCUGCCGACGAUAUUAUGCCUAAAUUGACGCAGCAGGAAAGACCGCAGUCGCCACUGUCAAAUUUGUCUACUUCUAGGAAUUAUUCUAUCCCGCUUGGAGAAGAUUCUAAUUAUUCUUCAUUAACAAUUACAUCACAACCAGUUGAAAAAGAAUUGAAUCGCUAUUAUGAGACCGCAGCAAAUAUAUUUUCGGAUUCAUAUGAUUACACGAUUCACUCACCUACUUACGAAAAUUUGUAACAGUUAA